AUGUCUCGCGACCCUAUUACCUGCCACGUCCUCAAUACUCUGUCGGGUACUCCGGCGGCGAACCUCCCGGUGACGCUGACUCUCUUGUCGGGCCCUUCAAGUAGUCAAAGCCCCGUCACAUUCACUGCAACCACCGAUGCUGAUGGUCGCGUUAAAAAUUGGACGCCUGCGACAAAUUGCCCCGCCCCUGUUCCUGCCAUCCUCUCAUCUCUCCCGGCGGCUGACAGCAAGACACACUGGUCAGUGCGAUUCGAAGUUGGACCAUGGUAUGAAGCGCAAGGAGUCGAGAGUUUCUGGCCCGAGGUGGAGGUGAAAUUCACAGUGAAGGGACGUGGUCGAGAAGGGGAGGAGGGAUGGCGGCACUAUCAUGUGCCGGUGCUCUUGGGGCCUUGGAACUACUCAACUUAUCGCGGAUCGUGA